GAAGUGUGGCUCCGGAGUGAGCCUCGGAGUGUAGCAAUGGCACCUCCGGGAGGAAAGAUCAAUCGUCCUCGGACGGAGCUGAAAAAGAAGUUGUUCAAGCGCCGCAGGGUACUAAGCAGGGAUCGGUGACGGAAGCGCCAGGUGGUCGGGGCUGUGAUAGACGAAGGGCUGACUACGAAACACCACCUCAAGAAACGUGCAUCCAGUGCACGUGCCAACAUCACGCUCUCUGGGAAGAAGCGCAGGAAACUCUUGCAGCAGAUCCGACUUGCCCAGAAAGAAAAAGCAGCUAUGGAAGUGGAAGUUCUCUACACGUCAACCGGGACUAGUCAGCCAAAGCCCAAACGACAAAAGAAGAUACGAGCUCCCCAGGACGUAGAUAUGGAAGAUCUUGAGGAUAAAAGCUAAAGUUCCUACCUCUUCUACCAGAAGAUUCUCAACAGCACCUACACAGAUUUGGAGGACUUUGGAAAAAAAUAUCACCAUAUUUCAUUCUCCCAGACACCUCUUCUAUAAUGGACCCUUGAUCUCCCCUGGAGGUAUAUAUUGGGAUUGAAGAGGACAGAGAAAGACUGGAGAGGGCCCUCUCUAGCAGUUAACUCCUUUUGUAAUAAAGCUCUAGUGCUUUAA